UGUGGAGAUGGAGAGUUCAUUUCAGUUCUUGAGAAUCAUCCUUUUUCAUGAGAAAUAGCUUUGAUAGGCCUUUAAUAAUUACAUCUUUCUUCAGGGAGAAGGCUAAACAGAAUUUUGGUUCAAGGCUCACAUGCUGUUUGAGAGCCAGAAGGAAAAUUUAAGUGGGUUUUAUGACAGAACCAAUUCUAGAUUUGAUUAUAGGGUUUCUGGGAAUAGGGAAGGAUUAAAAUCAUGGAAACAAUUAUUUCAGUCAACUGGGAAAGAUGCUUUGAUUUCUUUAUGUAAUUUGUAAAGGGAGACAACAAAUGUAUCCUUAUAGACACAGAAUAAGAAUUAGAAGUACAAGCACAUUUAAGGCUUUGAGGGAGUGGUGGAGGUAUGUGUGUCUUAAAAGUUGAUAUUUUUCAUAGCAUUGAUUUUUGAUGAAAUCUUGCAUUUGAGGCUAGAUUUGAGACAAGCAGUGCCCAUGGUUGGGCGGCACACUCAAGUGCUGUCUGAAUUCUGCUAUGUCCAGCAGCAUGCACAACAUUUGGAACAUUAGACUUUAUCUGGACAAAGAUGAUAUUUCUGCUGGGAGGUUUCCCCAGCCCACAAUACUAUUCUUUCUCUGGCAGUCCUGGUUUUAGAUUGAAGCUCAGGUUGUUUACUGGAAAAUCCCAGAUAUUUGGUGCUUAAAGCCAUCAUAAAAGCAUGCUGGGCCUGUCUUUGCCUGAUAAUGGAAUUUCAUUAAUUCAUAACAAAAGUAGAAUUUGGACAGCUUAUGUAAAAACAGCAAUGCUCCUGAUUCCUUUGAGGAACACUGAGGAAUUAAAUUAGCUGAAAAGGUACUGGGUGUUCUAAUCCAGAGAAUAAAGUGCUGUACAUUACUAUACUGAAGCUGAAAUUUAAUUAUCUGCAUAAAGUAUUAAACAUACACAGUUUUGCAGAAACAUGUAAUACUGUGUCUAGACACAUGAACUAUUUUUUAUACAAACAAAGUCACAAUGUAUAGUAGGUUCGAAUAAAUCCUUGAGCUUCAUUUGAUUUGAUCUGCUGAUGUAUUGUCUCAUCAGAAUUAUAUGUGUCCCAGUAUACAAGUGUAGCUAGUUUGGACUAUUUUUUUAUACACAGCAACAAGUAUAUGUUAUUGCAAAUAAUAAGUUCGGUUUAUAAAGAAUGUUCCUUAAUACAGUGGCAUUAUAUAAGGGAAUAACACUUCUAAUUUAAUUAGUUGUUUUACCGACAAUGCAGUAUUCUGUGUUAUAAAAUGCCACUAAUUCCAAAGCCCUAAAAAUUUUCUCCCAGAAUUCUUCCCAUCCAUAUUUUGCAGGGUAACAUAUAUGAACUUGCCUUUUUCAGUUAUUGAAGCAAUUCAGUGACUGCCAGAUUGCAAUCCACUGUUGCAAAAGCUACACUUGGCUGACAUCUUUAACCAAAAUUAUAAUGAUCAAUAAUUAUAUGCUAUUUCCAGAGACUGCAGGUUGUGGUUAUGUUUUCUGUAAUGUUUCCUGAAAAAAACCAACGGUGAGGAGAGCUUAGCAUGUGAAAUACAUGGCAUGAGCUGUUAGAAAAACUAGACUGAAAACAGAAAUCAAUAUUCGUUGAAAGAAAUCAAUAUUGGAAAGGAAAUAAGGACUAUUUAGAGGUUUUUUAAAUACUGAAAGGAAGAGAAUGGGGCUUAGCUGUCACAUAAAUGGACUUCACCCCUCCAUAUCUCCAUUUUUGAUAAGUUACUUUUCAAUACAUGCUCCUGUUGGAAUUGGACUUGCUCUUCUGUUUGUUAUGUGACGUGAAUGGAUUGCAGGCAGUCCUUUGGUGUGCUGUAAAAUGUGUAUUUAUGUGUCUGUAAGGAAAAGAGCUGCUUAAUUGCAAACACCAAAUGAAAUUUGGAAGAAUUCCUGUUUUGUACACAAGAUCUCUUUUUCUUCCUUUUUGUUUUUGAUCAACUGAAAUAAAGAUUGCCUUCUACUGAACAAAACUCAGGCUGACCUUUGGAGAAAUGAAAAUGGCAUUUCAUGUCAAACUUUCUGAAGGGUUUAUUUCUACAAAGACCAUGUUUUAUUUCUGUGGUUCAAAUAAAUAAAUAUAUAUUGUAUAAAUUGUAACAUUAAAGGCAUUUACCUUUGUUUUCUACCGUAGACUGUCUAAGCAUUUUCUGUUCACAGUCUGUAGACAUACUGCAUGUCACUCCUAAUAACUGGGAUGGCUGGUUAUAUUUGGAUUGGACAUUACUUAUUUUAAAAGGUGAUUUUAGCUGGAAGUCAGUAAUUGAGCUUGAUCAGAAAUACCAGUUUAUAACUGGAAUACCAUACAGUUAAACAAAUGACAUAACAUGCCAUUAAUAUUAUGUGUUUGGACAGCCAAGGAUCUAGUCAGCUGAGAAGUCUGCUGGCAACCAGGCAGCCUUCCUACUUGAUAGCUGGACUUCAGGGCAAAAAACUCAGAGGCAAAUCACAUUCAAAGGGAAGAACUGAAAUUGGAAAUGCAAAUGAAAUACAAUUCUUGAGGUGCUGAAUAGAUAUAUGUAGCAGGUAGAUGUUGGCUAGCUCUGUCCAUCUGGCCACUGUCUAGUUGCAGUAGGGUUAAAAGAGGCACAGCUAAAUUAAGAAGAGGCUAAUCAUAGACACAUGAAAAAUGUUAGCAGCAUGUAUUCUGGCACUGCUUACAUUACAUGGCGACCCUGCUAACACAAGCACCAAAAGAAACUCAUGCUGAAAUGGCUGUGAUGGUUUAUUUUUAAAUAUUAAAUCUAAGCGGUAAUGACUUAAGAAUAUGCCCUGCUAGUAGGAGAAGAGAAAUGACAUAAAAAUUUACUGUAAUCACAUAUAUACUUUAUGUUCCCCUGGAAGAACUACAAACAACUCUUCUUUUUAUGGUCAGUACUUUUGCUCGUGUACAAGUAUUAUUCGUUCUGUCUCACUUUAAAACCAUCUGAAUAUUAUCGGUUUUGGAUGCAUUGUAGGAGUGGUUAAUUAAGAGGAUAGUGAUCUUCAGUCGUUAUGCCAAGGUGAAUGCUCUUUGUAAAAGACAUAAGGAUUGAAGUAGAUGCAAAACUUUUGAUCAGAUUUUAAAUGCUUGAGAUGAAUGUUCAGCAAUUUGCUUGUUCCUAAUCCAGUAUGGAUUUAUUUGUCUUAGUGUUAUUAGUCUGUCUAAACAUGUGUAUGAUCAAUUUAUGGGUGACUUUCUGUUAUUUUGUCAUGGAAAGCUAUUUGUUUUGUGCUGCCAUGAGCUUUUGUUCUUGAUAUUUUUUCUUGUACUUCUGGAAACAAAGAGUGACAAUCCCACUUUUUUUGCUAGUUUUGAAGAUGCUCCUUCAGCGAAUAUGUAAUUUGGAAAUUUGUCAUGCCUGGACUGAUGACUUAAAAUAGUUUUAGUCCCUGCGAGGAUCUGUACUGUGCCUGCCUCCUUAUACAUCAAAGUUCAGCAGAACUUGGUUAUUUGUGAGCUUGAAGCAGUGUGCAGGGUAGAAGGGAACAGGACCCAUAUGUCAGUGGUCUAGGAUGGCCAGUGAAGGCUCCAACAUCCCAAGUCCUGUGGUCCGUCAGAUUGACAAGCAGUUUCUGAUUUGCAGCAUAUGCCUGGACCGUUACAAGAACCCCAAAGUACUUCCCUGCCUGCACACUUUCUGUGAGAGGUGUUUACAGAAUUACAUUCCAGCCCAUAGCUUAACCCUUUCUUGCCCUGUGUGCCGCCAGACCUCCAUUCUGCCAGAGAAAGGGGUUUCUGCACUCCAGAACAACUUCUUUAUUACCAACCUGAUGGAUGUCCUGCAGCGAACGCCAGACAACAGCAUUGAGGAGUCCUCCAUCUUGGAGACUGUCACUGCUGUUGCUGCAGGCAAACCGCUCUCUUGCCCCAAUCAUGAUGGAAAUGUGAUGGAGUUCUACUGCCAGUCCUGUGAGACAGCCAUGUGCCGGGAGUGCACAGAGGGAGAGCAUGCAGAGCAUCCCACGGUACCACUCAAGGAUGUGGUGGAGCAACAUAAGGCUUCCCUCCAAGUCCAAUUGGAUGCUGUCAACAAAAGGCUUCCAGAGAUUGACUCAGCACUUCAUUUUAUAUCGGAAAUCAUACAUCAGUUAACCAACCAAAAGGCUAGCAUCGUAGAUGACAUUCAUUCCACUUUUGAUGAACUCCAGAAGACUUUAAAUGUCCGAAAGAGUGUGCUGCUCAUGGAGCUGGAAGUGAAUUAUGGCCUUAAACACAAAGUCCUUCAGACACAGCUGGAUACCUUACUAGAAGGACAGGAAAGCAUUAAAAGCUGCAGCAACUUUACGGCCCAAGCCCUCAACCAUGGCACUGAAACUGAAGUGCUGCUGGUGAAGAAGCAGAUGAGUGACAAGCUGAACGAACUGGCUGAGAGGGACUUCCCACUGCAACCCCGUGAAAAUGAUCAGUUGGACUUUAUAGUGGAAACAGAAGGCCUGAAGAAGUCCAUUCACAACCUAGGGACUAUUUUAACCACCAAUGCUGUUGCCUCUGAAACAGUUGCCACUGGUGAGGGACUGAGGCAGACAGUGAUCGGGCAGCCCAUGUCCGUUACCAUCACAACCAAGGACAAAGAUGGGGAGCUCUGUAAAUCUGGGAAUGCUUACCUCACUGCUGAACUGAGCACGCCUGAUGGGAGUGUAGCAGAUGGAGAAAUACUUGACAACAAAAAUGGCACUUAUGAAUUUUUGUAUACUGUUCAGAAAGAAGGGGACUUCACUUUGUCACUGAGACUUUAUGAUCAACAUAUCAAGGGCAGCCCGUUCAAACUUAAAGUGGUCAGGUCAGCAGAUGUGUCUCCUACCACUGAAGGGGUUAAGAGACGUGUUAAAUCUCCAGGCAGUGGUCAUGUGAAGCAGAAAGCUGUGAAAAGACCUGCGAGCAUGUACAGCACUGGCAAAAGAAAAGAGAAUCCCAUUGAAGAUGAUUUGAUCUUCAGAAUAGGCACCAAAGGAAGAAACAAAGGGGAAUUUACAAAUCUUCAAGGUGUAGCUGCAUCUACAAAUGGAAAAAUAUUAAUAGCAGACAGUAACAACCAGUGUGUACAGAUAUUUUCCAAUGAUGGUCAGUUCAAAAGCCGUUUUGGCAUACGAGGAAGGUCUCCUGGCCAGCUGCAGCGGCCAACAGGAGUGGCUAUGCAUCCCAGUGGUGACAUCAUUAUUGCAGACUAUGAUAACAAGUGGGUUAGCAUAUUCUCAUCAGAUGGAAAAUUUAAGGCCAAAAUUGGGUCUGGAAAGCUCAUGGGCCCUAAAGGUGUUUCGGUGGAUCGUAAUGGACACAUCAUUGUAGUGGACAAUAAAGCAUGCUGUGUCUUCAUUUUCCAGCCAAAUGGGAAGAUAGUCACCAGGUUUGGAAGUAGAGGAAAUGGUGACAAGCAGUUUGCAGGUACACUUGAUGGUCCUCAUUUUGCAGCUGUAAACAGCAACAAUGAAAUUAUCAUUACAGAUUUUCAUAACCAUUCUGUCAAGGUAUUUAACCAGGAGGGAGAAUUCAUGCUGAAGUUUGGAUCAAAUGGAGAAGGAAAUGGGCAAUUUAAUGCACCAACUGGAGUAGCAGUAGAUUCUAAUGGAAAUAUUAUCGUAGCAGAUUGGGGAAACAGCCGAAUACAGGUUUUUGAUGGAAGUGGAUCAUUUUUAUCCUACAUUAACACCUCUGCUGACCCACUUUAUGGUCCUCAAGGUUUGGCUCUUACUUCAGACGGCCAUGUUGUAGUCGCAGAUUCUGGAAAUCACUGCUUCAAGGUCUAUCGAUACUUACAGUAGCAAUGAACUCUGGAGUUGGAUAAUUACCCACCCUUAAGAAAUGACUCAUCCUAGAGAUCCAGUGCAGGAUAUCUCCUACUUUGUGUUCAUUUUUAAUAACAAAGGAGUCUCUUAUGGACUUCUUGUGAUAAUUUCCAAACUUACCUUGUUUACAUAGGACUUGCACCUCUUAUGUUUCUUGUUGUACGUGUUAAUAAAACAAAAUCCUCUGUAACUGAAUUCAUAAAAACAAUUUGAAAUUAAACACAACUGCAACCUAUGAAACUGGAAUUAACUAAUAAGGCAAAAAUGAGAAAAGUUUGGGAGAAGUCCCCAAAGCUUUUUGAUGACUGUGAAGGAUAGCUCCUGCUCAGGGCUUCCAAAUUUAAAGAAGUACCAUUCUUACACAUUAUUUAACCCAGAGAUAGUCCUGGGAAUCUUCUAGAUCUCAUUAUCAUGGUAGGUAUUACACUUUUAAUAUUCUUCAGUCUUACUGUGUAUAACAAGUAGGUCCUUUUAGUAUAAGGCUAAGUCUCACAAAAUCUGUCUAGCUCUAACCGUCAGACUUAACACAGCUCUGUUUUUAGCACUGAGAAUCAAUGCAAAUUCCCUACUCAUGUGGAAUUAAUGGAGGAUUGUUAUGUGCGGCUGUUUUUCACUCUUCUUCUUGCUCAGUGUGCAGGAAGGACUUUGCAGAGACCUGACAUUUCUAAAGCUCUGGAAAAACUUAAUUGUAGUGAUACGUUAGUGGGAGCAGAAUUUCUGUAUAACCACAGACCUUUUGACACUAAACCUGUUCAUUAGGAUCAGGGUUAUUACAAUGUCAAGUCAAUUAAUCUCAUGUGUCCCACUCUUUCAUACGUGUUCAUUGCCAUGUUUCCUUACAGCAACUCGUAUUAACCUCUAAAAUAAAAUGCAGCUUCACACAGGACAGAAAGCCAGAGAAGUACCCCUGUGGAGGAACCGACAUUAUACAACCAAAGGAACUGUGGUAAACAGAGGUUGUAUAGGAAAGCCAAGGGUUACCAAAGCUAUUUGUUUUUAUGUGAGAAAAAAUACAUUGCAAAUAGAAAUGAAUUUGAACCAAUCCCUGAAGUCCUUAAUCAAAGGGAAUUUUGUUAGAGGACAGAACAAGGACUGUGAGAUUUGUUCUAAUUUGUUUGUAUGUAUGUAUGUAUGUAUGACCGAUUAACGUAAAAAAAAAAAAAAUAAAUGUGACUUAUUUCAAGAAACUGGAACGUAUGUAUGAUAUUUGACAAUGGCAGCAUUCCGAAAAAUGACCUUUCUUCCUCUGCCAGAUCUCUCUACUGUGUUCUUUGUUGAAGUAUUAAUUUAACUGGAAAUGCUUACAGGCAUGUUUCUGUUUUUAAUGUUUGGUUUAUUGGGUUUUUUUAAAGAAUGAACUUGUAGCAUUGGCUUUAUUUUUAUUUCUAUAUCUAGUGGUCAAAGGUUGAAUUGCUACUGUAGCCUGAUUAUAGAUAGAGUAGUGCUCCCUUUUAAGUGUUGUUUGAGGAGCUGUGAGCUUGCUGCCAAUGCCUACAAUAGCCUGGGAAGUGCUGUCUUUCUCAUUUUUAGGGCCUUGAAACAAAAGGGCAUUGGGUCAGAAACAAGGGAGUAUUUUAAGCAUGUUUGCAAAAUGGAAAGAAAUAUUUGAUAAAAUUUCUUGUUAUAAGUAUUUGUCUUAUUUCUAAAACAUUAAGGUGGUUGUUCCAAUGAAUUUUAGAAAAACUAAUGUUUUUUUGUAAAGUUGCAUUUGAUUUGUAAAAAUUCAGACCCCAAGUUUCUUAAAUGGGGUUUUGUUUGGUUUUUAAUUACUGUUUCCUAAAGAUAUUUCUUCUUUCCUUUGUUUAUUUUUUGCACAUAGAACCAAUUUACAAUUUCUUGUGCAAAUAUAUGUUUCCUUAUUUCAUUGGAAUAAAUAUUUUGUGCAUGAAGCUUAAGGAUUAAGGACUGUAUAAUGAAACUAAGAAGCUGGUGGUAACAUUUAUGAAUAUUGAAACUCAGAAUUGUUAUUGCUAAGAGAACAAAAUAUCCUCUGCUUGAACUGAGUUUGUCCUAAAAUUCUGAAGAUGUAUCUCAGUCAUUACAAAUAAACUGUCCUAUCAAAAUUUAA